AUGACUAAGGCAGAUAUGCUUGCCACCAGAGGAACCAAGAAGUUUACGGGUUGCUGGACAUGUCGUAAACGUGGAAUCAGGUGCGAUGAGAAAAAACCUUUUUGCAAGAAAUGCGUAAUUCACGGGGUCAAGUGCGAAGGCUACAUGGUGAAGCUCUGUUGGACUGACAACUACGGGACCUCAUUGGAACGCAGAUCCAGGAAGAACAGGUGCCUUGUUCUGUAUGAGUGGAAGGAGAACCAACUUCUGGAUGAUGUACAGAUUGGCAACCUCUUGAAUCGAAUCGACACGGCGUCAGUACAUCUAUAUCCCGAGUCUUUGGACUACCAGAACGAAUUUGGUUACGGGCCUUUCAAUGUUUUCACUGCAUCGUGCAACGCGGAAAUGGGCGACCGUCUCAAAGGUCAGAUUUAUGACUCGACAAGUAGCGAUUCAGAUGCAUUCUCCAUAGGACCCCCAAGCCGAAUACGCGAAAGAUUGGAACAAACUUCAUUCAUGGGUGUUAACCGAGAUCUGGAGAUUGAAAUUUUCCUUCUGGAUUUCUGGGAUUGUUAUUUCAGUAAAACACUCACACCGGUGGACGAAACUGAGGUGAAUCCCUAUAACCUGUUGUUGAAGGAGGCACUGGAUAAACCGCAUCCAGCUGAUAUUCAGAGGGCGAUUCUGCACACUGUAUGUGCAAUUUGCUCAAGUUUUCUUUCGACCUGUGCUGAUAAUGAUUUCAUAGCUCCGGAAUACCAAAAUACUAGUUUCCAUGAGUACAGAAUGUUUCACAAAAUCAGGGCACUCAGUUUUGUGUCCGACAAAUACUCGUGGAGAGAAGCUUGCACGACCGAGGAGUUAAUUUUCUUGGUUGGCUCAAUAUAUUUCCUAUUAGCAUCCGAUGGUUUUAAGAGCUCAGACGAGUGGCAAAUCCAUCUCAAUGGUGCCGUAUCAGCCCUGAAGACCAUCAGCGAUUCGGACGGAGGCAACCUAAUUUCAGGACGAGGUGAUCCGGCAGAUUUGUCCAGCGCCUUACUCUUUUUUGCUCAGAUGACGAGACUAGCCUACUUGCAGAGCACUUUAUAUUUGCUCAGUGACGACGUUUGCAAUAAGUACCUGACAGUCCAGGAUCUGGAGUUCAUGAGUUUCCCGGAAGAGAAUUAUAGCAAAUCUCUACUUUAUCGCAACGCAGGAAUUACACCAGGUAUGAUGAGAUGUCUGACGAACAUCGUCAAAUAUAUCCAGGUUGCGGACUCACCAGAAGCUCAAGAAAAUGCAGCCAGGGAUAUUGAACAGGAGCUCGUAGAGUGCAAACCUCUACCGUUCAAUGCCACCAUAGACUCUAUCAACCCGUUGAUAGUAUAUCAUCAGUCCGUAAUCUUCCACACUGCGAUUGCUUUGCUGUUUCUGAGAGAAGUGAAAAAGGAAGACCCUCGAAACUUGCAGGACCUGGUGGAUUCUGGGAUUGACCAUAUAGAAAUUUACGAGGAGAUAUCGAAGGACUUUACUAGUCUUAGCUUAUUCUGGCCUUGUUUCAUUAUUUUCUGCGAAGCAACAUCUCCCGAAUCUCAAUCGAGAGUUAAAGAAUGGCUGGAACUAGCUGAGCUCUACUGUGUGGAUACAAUGAAACGAGGUUCUCGGGUUAUAAAUACGGUUUGGGAUAGAAGAAAAGGUGGGAAUCAAGUUAGCUGGUUGUCUGUUAUACGGGAGAUCGACUCGACAUUGUGGUUGGCUUAA